AAGAGGAAGAAGAAGAAGAAGAAAUGGAAGAAAAACUCGCUGCUCAACCAAUGCCGCCUCAUGAUCAUCCAUCGAGUCUCCUUUCCACCCAAUAUCAGCAACUCCACAACAAACAUCCUUUGAAUAACAACAACCCUACGUACACAUUGCCCAACUAUGCUCCUUCAAAUAGCAACGCCUUUUCUUGGCACCCUGACGCAAAUAAUGGUGCCAACAUCUCUGUCAUACCAGAAGUGAACCCUUUUUACCAUCCUCGUCUUCAUUCUCAUUCUCACCCAAUGACUACUACCACUGCUACUUCCGCUACCCCUGCCCCCGAGUCAUCUGCUUCCGCUCCACCACGUCGUAAAAGCUCAAAUCACGGUUCGUCAGGUCGACCCACUCGUGUCAAGGGCCCUUGCCAAGCCUGCCAUGAGACUUCGGAUGGUUGUAUGCGAAAAGCUUUCCAUUGGCCGUUUGCAGUCAGUACGACAUACAACGAUAAGGGAAAGCCCUUUGUUUACCUCUGUAACAAAUGCGGUCUUAGAUAUAAUAAAAGUGGCGGUUGUGUUUGUCGCCAUUGUCGUUGGGUCCUUUGUAAGGAAGAAAAGCGUAAAGCCAUGGAAUUUAUAGAGCUCAUGCGUCGCUCUCGCCCGGACGGUAGAGUUGACCCAGAAGAGGAUAUUGAAAACUUUGUAUGCGCUCCUAAAUAUUGGAGCUGUGGCCAUCCAUGGAAAGUAAGCUGGGUCUUGAAUACUGAACAUGAUGAAGAAGAUGAAGACGAAGAUAUGCCUAGCCGCAGUCAUACGAAUAGUACGAGCAGCAUUCACAUUCCCCCUAUUGCUGCUGCCAUUGCUCCUGCUUUUUAUGUUAGUAGUGCUUAAAAAACUGAACUGGCCUGCGUUGUAUUCCUACUUUUGCCUUUCAAAUGCUUCUACUUUAUCGAACGCACACACGCACACACGCACACGGUACAUGGCACACACCCAAGAUUCCCUUUCUCUUGAAAAUCUCCUUGUUUAUAUGAGAAAAAUUCCAUAUUCCCCUUCCUUUAUACAUAACCACCCACUCUUUUUUGUACAUACACCUUAUACACACA